AUGCGCCAUCAACUCUUUUGUCCAAUACCUCUUCGAUUGCAUUGCUGCAAAGCUUCCAGUCUGGCUCAUUACACCACGUGCUCUACCAUCACCUCCAAGGAAACCCAGACUACUAUCCGCCUCCUCCUUCCCAGAGACUUAGCCAAGCACCAAGGUUGUCACUAA